AUGACCAUGAAAGAGAGAAGCGAUAAAGUAUACAAGGGUAAAAUGGUCAUUCUCAUAAAUUUAGUUGAUUCAGGGACCAAAAGUGUUAUGAAAAAUUUCCCUCAUCAAGCCUUCAAAACUUGUUCCUUCCCUCAAGAGCGAACAACUAGUCUUGCUGCAUUCACCAGGGCAACGGUUGUUGUUGCGGUCAAGUAUUUGAUAGUUGAACGACCAGAGAAGAUCGAUGCGGUCCUCUACCCUGAAAUUUCCUCAUUUCUUAUGCUUAUCAAGGAUCAGGACCGGACAGUAUGGUACAAGGGAAAGUAAAGAAGUUACAUUGGAAGGGAGAGUUCAGUUUGAUUUACUUCGGGCUAUGCAAAGAG